AUGAGUACGAUGACGACUGCAACAUCAAAUCCAUUCAUAAAAGCUAAAUCAUCAUCAACUGUAACUUCCAUAAAUAAUGAACAUUUUAUUGAUGAAAGAUAUCCCAAAACAUGUUUUGAACAAAUACCACCAGUCAUAUUAGAAUAUCCACCAUCUCAACAAAAUAAUCAACCAUCACGUUCACGUCAUAGUCUUCGUUUUCGAACUCAACCUGUUACAUUAACAGAAAUCUAUGAAACUGAUGAAGAGAAUCAAAUGGAAAAUGAUGAUAAUCAACAACAAUCCAAUAUAAAAAUAUUCAAUGAUUAUGAUCGAUUAGAUCAUUUAACAUUAGCUGAAAAUAUUCGACGACAAACAAGAAAAAAAGUACCAUUAAAAAAUUUUCUUGAACGACAACGACUUAAAACAACACGAGAAGAACUUUGUGAAACAGAUGGUAAUUAA